AUGUCGGAACUCUCCAAGUUUCGCCGCGCUGCGGGCGAACGCUACGUGCCCUACACUCCCACCGAUGGCUUAAACCUCCAACUCCGUGCGCCUCAGCCUCGACGCCGCGUAUAUGGGGAGGAGGAAGGCGUACCCGCUCUGCCGCCGAUGAAGGACGUCGUCUCGCACAGCAAGGGCGCUAAUUUCGACGCCGCCGCCGCUUUACGUGGCCUCAUGGAUGACAACACCCAAACUACAGGCCCAACCUCAACCGUUCCCCGCUUCUCUACGGGUUCCAACACGUACGCGUCGCCGGCCUCGAGACGAGGAGGCUACGGCCACCGUGCCUUCCUCGCUCGGUCCAGGUCCCACCGCAGCCAGGGAGACGCUUCUACUGGUGCCAACGGCACCUUCCCUCACCGCUGGACCCACGCCGCCUUCCCUCGCACCAAGCAGACUCAAGACACCUUCCACAAGUCGAUCCGUCGCUUCCAGAAGUACGACAAGCACCACCGUGGCCUUCGCACUCUGCAGCAUGUGGGUGGCGGAGACCAAACCACCGAGUGGCGUACGCAGAACCACCACCUCCUGAUGGGGCAGGACUGUGCCAACUUCGCGCAAGAGGAGGCAGCCUGCGAUCUCCCCAUGCCCCGUACCGUACGGCCUGGCAUCAUGGCUUCCGUCCGCCUCGACCCCGACCUUCCUCCUCUCUCGGCUGAGCAUCCCACGCGCGUGUGGAACGCGAUACUCCACGCCCUCGCUCCGAAGCUCCAGCCCAUCGUCCGCUGGGAGUACGAGAAUGUCGUGCUUGGCGUGGAAGAGGGUUAUGUCGCGCAUGUCACCAUUCUCCUUCCUCCAACGCACCCUGCCAUUGUGGAACAUCCUGCUGCCAGCGCGCUCCCCGAAGACCGGUACUCGCGCGAGUAUGCCGAGUCAGUGAAGGUGCUGGGCGGAGUGCGCAGUUGGGUCGGCCAAGGCCGUAAACGCAAGACGGACGCUCAGAACUCGACUAUCACCUUAUGUCUCUCCGAGAACGCGCUCGGGUGGGUAUAUGACCCGCAAAUAAUGAGCAUCGACGGGAGUCUUGAGAAGACCACGGCGUUAGCGCCAGUUGUGGAUCUCGGGAUGGACCUCGUCAAUGGCACCACUGCUUCGAUCGAGUUCCAGCAGGACCAUGACCUUGGAGUCUACGGCUGUCGCCUCACUGUGGGCCGGGAACCACACUUCCAGACUUACAUGGAGGAUACUGUUCACCCGUCGGCGCAUGCCGCAGAGGAGGCUGUGUGCCGACGCGCGGUCGAACUAAACGUCCGUGUCUUCCUCGCAUGGCUGCAGGAGACCGAGGUCGUUGAGGUUCAAGACCGGGCUAUCGGCACCGACGACGAUGGCCAGAUCGGGAUCGACGAAGAUGAGCUGCCGAUCUGCGGCGUUCCGAUGGUCAGCGACAACCAAACCAUGAGCACCUCCGAGGGCAGGAGCGACUCUGAGAACUCGAGCUCCUCCACAGGAACUGCCGUCAAUGGCGUCAACGUCGGCAGCGCAGGGCUCUCCAAUAACGGGGAAACCGAGGCGAGCGAGGAAGACUACUCGGCUGGAAGGGGAGACGGCGACGUUGUUGAGCCCAAUCGGCAGGUGCCGGACGCCAACCCUGAAGGCAUAAGUGCUCUCCUCCCUUCCCCUAGUGAUACCCAACAGCCUGCCACUCCUCGCGCCUCCGACAUUUUGAUCAAGCAAGGGGGCGAAGAGACCGAGCUGUUCGUUCCUCGGCCCAAGUCGGCGGAAAUCGACUGGCAGUCGCAGCUCGCGUAUUUUUGUCACAUCUCUGCUCUUCCCCCUCCAACUUACUCGCAGCGCAUUGUGCGUCGCUCUCGCGAGUCGACAGUGUUUGUUGGCAAGGUCAAGAUUGAGAACGAGACUUAUGAGUCGGCGGAUGCGUACGACACCAUCUUCGUUGCUCGCCAGUCGAUCGCCCGGGAGGUGUUCACAGAGACGUUUCGACAGCAGCCGGCGGCCGUGGCAGACAUGCCACCGGACUUUCGUCCCUGA